AUGUCACUAAUAAAUGCUAAAUGGAAUAAAAUAUCAACUGAAUUAAUUCAAGAUCCCAAUAAUCUUGAUCUUUGGAAAGAAUUAAUCCUGUCAUCAGAAACAAUAGAUAAAAAACCAAUAACAAAAUCAUCUUCAUCUGAACAAAUCAAAUUAUUAAAAACAUCAUAUGAAUCAAUUUUAAAUAAAUAUCCGUUUGAAUUUAAAUAUUGGAUGAAAUAUGCAAAUUGGGAAUUUAAACUUGGGAAUACUAAUCAAGCUAAUGAAAUUUAUUUAAAAAGUUUAGAUAUUUCACCAUGGUGUAUUGAAUUAUGGAUUGAUUUUUUGAAAUUUAAAAUUGAAACUAUAAGUAAUAAUAUUGAUUCUAUAUUAAAAUUAUUUGAAAAAUCAAGAAGUUUUAUUGGAUUUCAUUUUUAUUCAUCUGAAUUUUAUGAAUUAUAUUUGGAAUUUUUAGAUAAUUAUAAAAAUGAUAAUAAUGAAUUUGAAAAAAAGUAUUUUAUAUUAUUAAGAAUAAUACUUGAAAUUCCUUUAUACAAUUAUGGAUUUUUUUAUAAAAAAUGGUUUGAUUUAAUUGAUAAAUUAUCUAAAGAUGAAAAAUUAGCUAAAGAUAAACUUCAAUAUAUUCUUCCCAAUGAUAAUUAUAAAAUUGAUAAGAAAUUAUUUGCUGAAUUAAAGAAAAGAUUUACUGAUGCUUAUAUUUCAACUCAAUUUCAUACUUUUGAAUUAUAUAAUUUUGAAAAAAAACUAAUUACAAAGAGGAAAACAAUGUCAAUACAAGAUAUUGAAGCAUGGUUAGGAUAUAUUGAAUAUCUUGAAAUUAAACAAUAUCCAAAUAAAUUUAUUGAAUUGGUUUAUUAUCGAUGGAUUUAUAAAGAAACUACAAAUGAAGUAAUAUGGUUAAAAUUAGCUGAUUUUUAUAUCUAUCAUAACAAAUUUAAUCAAGCAAGGAAAUCAUUAAAUGAUGCAUUAAGGUAUGUUAAUAAUGAUUAUAAAGUAUUAAUUAAAUUAGUUGAUUUGGAAAUUUAUUUGAAAAAUUAUCAAAGAGCUAUUAAUUUAUUGAUUGGGUAUUUACAAUUCAAUACAAACAUUCCAUUAGUUAUUCAAGAAAAAGUUAUGCAAGUUAAAAAACUAAUUGAAAAGUGA